AUGUCCUCACCGUCCAAAGGCCCGACUGUCCAUGAAGUCCCCGUCUCCUCUUCCUCCUCAUCCACCACACUCUCCGCUGCCUUCGAAGAACGCAUGCUCGAAACCAUCAAAGGCUCCACAUAUCUCGUUGACUGGUAUGGCUCCGGUGAUGCCGGUAACCCACAAAAUCUGCCGCGUUGGCGCAAAUGGCUCAUCACCAUGUCGAUUGCGCUGUACGUGCUCACCACGACGUUUGCGAGCAGUGUGUUCAGCCCUGCUGCGAUGGCGACGAGUAGAGAGUUUGGGGUUAGUUUGGAGGUCAUGGUUGGUGCGGGGACGAGUAUGUUCAUGUUGGGUUUUGCGGUUGGGCCGAUUAUCUUUGGGCCGCUCAGUGAGCACUUUGGUCGCAAAGGUCCAUUGCUGAUUGGGUAUUUGGGCUUCGCUCUCUUGCAACUACCCGUUGCUCGAGCGCAUUCUGUGUCGACGAUCUUCAUCUUUCGCUUCCUGCAGGGCGUGUUUGGAGCGGCGCCGAGUGCAGUGUUGAGUGGCACGCUGGCGGAUAUAUGGACACCGCAGCAGAGAGGGUUUGCCAUGCCUGCUGUUGGGUCAUUUUUGAUGAUUGGUCCAAUCUUAGGCCCAAUAUUCGCUUGGAUGGAGAUGGUAAAUCGCCCUUCCCCAGUAUCUCGUCACGCGCUCAUACGUUCACACAGGAUUGAGUACCUCAUCGCCAUCGCGUCCCUCGCAAAUGCACUCAUCACCUACCCCAUCCUGACCGAAACAUUCGGCCCCGUCCUUCUCACCCGUCGCGCAAAGCGCAUGCGAAGCAUGACCCAGAACUGGGCAUACCACUCCAAAUCCGAACAAAACGCCCUUACCACCCGCGACAUACUCUCGCAAUGUCUCGCCAAGCCCGCGAAAAUGCUCUUCCUCGAACCAAUUCUCUUGCUCAUGUCGCUUUACAUAUCCGUCGUCUUCGGGCUCAUGUACAUUUUCUUCCUCGCCUACCCAACCUCCUUCAUCCUCGAGCGCCACUACUCCCCCACAACCGCCACCCUCCCCCUCCUCGCCAUCCUCCUCGGCUGUAUCCUCGCCUCCCUACUCAUCUCGCUGACAAUUCACACGCGCCUCGCGCCAAACCCCGCCGCCGGGCGCCCUCGCGAAUACCGCAUGCUGCUCAUGGCGCUCGGCGGUCUUUUCCUGCCGCUAGGCAUCUUUGCGUUCGGCCUCACCAGCUCGCCUUCACUCAAUCCUAUCUGGCAGAUCCUCGCGGGCGUCCCGAUUGGAAUGGGCAUUAUCCUGAUCAACAUGCAGGGCCUGAAUUACAUCGUCGAUUGCUAUGGUGUGCAUGCGAAUAGUGCAGUCGCGGCAAACACGUUCCUGCGGAGUGUGUUUGCAGCGGGCAUGCCGCUUUUCGCGACGGGCAUGUACGCGCGACUGGGCGUGGAGACGGCGACGGUUAUUUUGGGGGCGUGUGCAGUGGGGUUGGUGCCGAUUCCGGUGGUGUUCUUUUUGUGGGGCGGAGCGAUUCGCAGGAGGAGUCGGUGGGUGGCGGAAUAG